AUGUCAUCUAGGCACUAUAGCUUUGAAGAGCAUCCUGCGCAUAAAACGUCGAUAUCCAUCCCCUCCCAUGGCAUUACAUCUAUUGAUAGCAAUGUUAAGAGGUUAGUGGGUCUGCAGUGUCUAAAUCUCAGAAGCAAUAGACUAAGGAUAUUGCCAAUUGAGAUAGGAGAGUUGUGGAAUCUGCAAGAGCUGGAUCUUAGUUGGAACAAGCUGAGGCAGCUACCAGCUGAUAUAAAAAAGCUGAAAAGCCUACAGCGACUGUAUAUUAGUUUUAACAAGCUAAGGGCAUUGCCCUGUGAGAUAGUAGAGCUGUGGAACUUACAGGAGCUGUAUGCCAGCUAUAACAGACUAGAAUCGCUGCCAGUCGAGAUAGGAAACCUAAAAAAUUUAACUAAGCUAUAUCUCAGAAGUAAUGUGCUGAGGUCAUUACCAGAUGGGAUAGGAGAGCUGAUAAGUAUACAGGGAUUGGAUCUCAGUUGGAACAAGCUGAGAUCACUAUCGGCCGAGAUAGGAAAGCUGAAAAGUCUGCAGGAGCUGUAUGUUAGCUAUAACAGACUAGAAUCGCUGCCAGUCGAGAUAGGAAACCUGAAAAACUUAACCAAGCUAUUUCUCAGAAGUAAUGUGCUGAGGUCAUUACCAGAUGAGAUAGAAACCUUGAAUAAGCUGCAGCAACUAAUCCUCAGUGAUAAUAAACUAGACUCACUG